AUGGGAAAGGCCGCGAACGAAAAGGUGACGCCGAAGCGCUCCGCGCUCACGCGGGUCAUCAACUUGGACCGGAAAGAUGACGGGAUGCCGUCGCGCCUCGCGCGCCUCGGGCACGUGCCAAAAGUCAAGCAGCUUUCGUUCAACAUUUGGAAGCAAGCCGAAGUGCUGCCCGCGACGAACCGCGUCUCGCUGCGCGUGACGGCUGAAGAGCGCAAGAAAAUCGUGCAAGAUGUGACGGCGCCGCCACCCCGGUUCAUGGUCUAUCCGGAUUCCACGCUGCGGCUCUCGUGGGACUCGCUGAUUGCGAUCACGACGAUCGGUCUCACGUGGCGACUGCCGUACAGCCUCGUCUUUGAAGCCAACAUGGACACGCCGUCCUGGACGCACGCGUUCGACAUUGUGAUCGACAUUGUGUACCUCAGCGACAUCGUCAUGAACUUCCGCACGGGCUUUCGCCACGACAUUGAGAUCGUGCUCGACCCGAAAAAGGUCGCGCUGCACUAUAUCACCACGUGGUUUUUCAUCGACUUGGCCGGCGCAAUCCCAUACGAAUUGAUCUUUGACGCGGGCAAGGGCGUCGAGCGCGUCGCGGUCAAGACGUCGCUCAAGUACCUCAAGAUCCCGGUUCUCUUGCGCUAA